CUGCCUGCUGCUGAAGCCGCAGUGUGCCUGCUCCUUAUCCUCUGGCACCCUGCUCCUCAUCUCUUACUUCUUGGAUUAUUUUGUGACAUCACAAGAUACCGCCAUCUAUUAAAAAGCUGCAAACUCAGUUUCAGAAGCCUCCGUUUUUUUGUCCCACACAUUUGUGCGUACAAGAUGAGAACGGAUAUCCUGACUAUAAUAACAUGCAAAGAACCAUCACAUUGACCACUCAAGGCUUGAAGAUGCCUGCCUGCAACGAUUUUGUUGAACAUCUUUGGAAACCUGGAUCCUGUAAGAAUUGCUUUCACCCAAAGAGUGAUCACCGAAAAAAACAUCAAGCACCCGCUGAUGGAAAAGCCAGCAACUUGCCAGUCCUGCCAAGUCUUAAUGGGAUUCGGAUCAAACAGGAGAACACAAACCAAGAUGAUGACAUUGUAAUUGCUGCUCUGUAUUCAAAGCCCACCAUAGCAGUGAAACCGACGAUGAUUACAUCGGAGACUGCUGAGGAGUGGGCAGCGCUGAACAGCACGGAGACGCACACUCAGGUUAGUUGGAAAGAAUCAUCAACCAGCAAAUCUAUUCUUAAAAGUGGGGAUAUUUCAAACGUUAUGGAUAAUUUUACAAAGCCUUUCAUGCAUAGGUCUAACUCUUACAGUGAUACACCUAAAUACAUUUUCAAUGGACUGUCAAAUCACGAUAAGAAGUUAGAGUUUAAUGCAGUGCAGAAUUUAACAUAUGUAAGCCAUUUUGGUGGUCAGGUGGACAAAGCUGUGUUUCUUAAAGAAAAAUUGCGUGCACCUUCAGUGGAAUGUACUCUGCUAUCUACUCAAAGUAAUGAAGGAGAAACUACAAGGCUGAACUACCUCCAAGCAGAGUCUGCAUUAUUAUCUCUGAAGACUAGCAGUGGUCAUUACUCAGGGACCCAAUCUAUUGCUGAAAGGCUAUCUUCCAAUGGAACCCUUCAUUCGAAGGACAACACAGUUAGUGAGUUAUUUGCCAAAACUGAUCCAGGAUUGUGCAACCAAACAAUAUCUUCAAAUGAUAGCAAGCCAGGCCAUAACUCAGAACCAGCUUCUAGUAAGAGCAUGUUCUUCAGCAGAACGAAAGUAUCACUUCACUCUGAGUCACAUAAACUCUCAGAGACACUCUCAUGUCUUAGUAGGAAGGACAGCCCUCUUGUUACUCCAGCGAUUACUGAUUCCCAGAGUGUGUUUCAGUCACCUGUAGUACCAGUUGACAGAAGGGACAACGAACCAAUUUAUGCUGAAAGUACUAAAAGAAAAGGUGUUGCUGGCAAGGGAACAAAAAAUGUUAUCCAAACAGCGAAAGCGAAUCCUAAACACGAGGAGAAUGGCGCCAAAGAGAACCAGUCUUCUAUGAGCGUUGAGAGGGUACUGCAGGAGUCCACAACACAUGUCGCAGCUAAGAUAACGGUUAUGGCUGCACACACAGAAGAAGACAAUAGAACAAUUUACUUAAGUAGCCCUGACUCUGCAGUUGGAGUUGAAUGGUCAUGCAGCAGUCCAUCAUCUGUAGAGAACAUGAGUCUCUCGCCUACUUUUCUCUGGGCAGAAAGGAAUCGUGGAAAAGUUGAUGUGAAUAAAAAGUACCAGGCUUCAUUAUCGCAAAAAUUCCAGUGCAGCUCCAGUCUGGUAGUCCCAGCUAAAUCUCCAAAGUUUGAGGACAUUUCUUCUUCCAGAUUAUCUUCUCCAACACAUUCUCCUGGGAUAUUCUCCCCAACUUCGCACAAAAAGGAACCCUUUGAGCUGAAUGACAGGUGUCUGCUAACUGGAGACCGUAGGCAGAGAAUCGCACAGGCAACAUGGAGCAGGAUUGAUGAGGAGGAAGAGGAAGAGACAUCACCUGCUUCAUCACAGCCACAAACAAAUGCUGUGAGCAAUGGACAAACUGGUGCAACCCGACAUAUUGCAGAUGAAAUAGAUAAUGUGGAUGAACCAAGGGCUCUGAAAGGCAUGAGUAAAUCUGCUUCCUGUCCAAUUGAACUAUCAAAAGCAAGUAAUGACAGUGAAGACUCCUCUGGGCCACCACCUCCUCCACCAAAAAAACAGACCAGGCUUUUGAAAAUGAACAAGAAUAGCUGUGAACUGGAGAAUGUGAGUCUUGGAUCAGUGGAAAGUCUCGGAGAGUCAUUUAAGGCAACAAAUGUCAGUACCUCAAAUGUGAACAUUAACGUCAGCUUCAGUACUGGUUCUAUGGACAGCUUGGACUCCCGGACGUGUAGUGAAGGAGGUCAGUCAUAUGAAGCCAUCACUUCUCCAAGUCUUUCUUCUGGUAAUGAGAAGAAGCAUUUUGCCCAAGUUUCCUUCUCUGUGGACUCUGGAAUGGAAGCUCAGAAUGGACUCGGACAGCCGCCUCCAUUGCCUGUAAAGAAGUCGAUGAACAGGGCUAUCUCAGCACCAGAUAACUCUGCCUGGGGUCGGGCUUUCCCAUCAAGAACUGGAGUCAAUCCAAAUAGUCCAAAGCUUAAUCUUAGUCAGUCAGAAAACAAUGUUUGUGGAGAAGAAUCCAGACUCCACAGCCAUCCUUUAAGUCCCAUGGACAGGCAUGCCAUGUUUUCAUCUUCUGAGUCGCUGGAAAUCUGCUGUAGAGGCACUGGCCACAGAAAUGAGGUUAGGAGCAGAAAUUGUCUUCAGAGCCGAGGAACACCAGCCAUGUCAAUGUCACAGCUAAGUGUUUCUAGUCAAACAUCUUCUGCCUCAAGUCUCCAGCUCCACCACCUUCUUAGCAACAUAGACAGCAAAGAAGGAAUGUAUGCCAAACUCAGUGGGCUUUAUGCACAAUCUACAAGACGUUUAAUGAACAAAUGUGAGGAUUAUUUUAUGCGGGACCAAAAGAAGGAACUGCAUUUUAAUGAAAAUAACUGGUCACUCUUCAAGCUGACAAGCAACAAACCAUGCUGCAAUGCCGGGGAUGCAGUUUAUUACUGUGCCACUUGUGCCAAGGAUGCUCUUAAUAAUUAUGCUGUGAAGUUAUGUAGAGCAGAAGACCCCAAAACUCCAUUUUAUUCCAAUCUCUCUUUACCUGUCCACUUCAACAUACAGCAAGAUUGUGGCCACUUUUUGGCCAGUGUUCCUUCAAGCUUACUACAUCCCUCUGGAACAUCAAAAGGAGGUUCAACAAAUGAGACCUCACAGGCUGUUGGCUUGUCCUCUGAGGAAGAUUGUGUGGUGGUUAUAACUCGAGAGGUACCUUACAGUACAGCUGCAGAAUUUGUCAAGGAGUCUGCAUCCACUCAUGAAACCCAGCCAGAGAUUUAUGAGCGACAAGUUUGUCUACUUCUAUUACAGCUCUGCAAUGGCUUAGAGCACUUAAAAGAACAUGCCAUUAUCCAUCGAGACCUUUGCUUGGAAAACCUGCUACUUGUUCACUGCCAGACCACACCCGAUAAGAUUAAAGAUGGAAAGUAUGUUCCAAGACUUAUUGUAAGCAAUUUUUCUAAAGCCAAACAGAGACCUGGAUCUGAGGACUUCAAACUCAAGAGAGAUAAGACCAGACUGGCACCAGAAAUCAUGGCUGCCUCCCAAUACAAAAAGUUUGAUGAGUUCCAGACAGGGAUCCUUAUUUAUGAACUGCUCCACCAAAGAAACCCGUUUGAGGUCCGUUCAAGUCUUCAUGAGCAUGAAUAUAGUCAGAAAGACCUGCCGCCACUCCGUAACUUAUCAGUUUAUUCUCGUGGCCUUCAACAUCUUGCCCACUUACUCUUGGAGGCUGAUCCGAUUAAACGCAUUCGGAUUUCUGAAGCAAAGCGCAUACUUCAGUGUCUUCUGUGGGGUCCAAGAAAAGACUUAACAGAUCAACCAUUUAGCCAUGAAGAGGCAUUACACUGUGCCCUUCAGAACUGGAUUGACAUGAAGCGAGCACUUCUUAUGAUGAAGUUUGCAGAACGUGCUUUAGAGCCUGAACAUAACAUUUCUCUAGAGGACUGGCUAUGCUGCCAAUACUUGGCAUCUGCAGAUCCAUGCUACCUUUAUAAAACACUGAAACUUAUCAAACUCAUCACAUGAUCUAUGCAAGGUAAUACAUAACUGCAAAAUAAGAUCUGUGUAAGUCUUAAAGGGGUUUUCCAACUUUUUAGUUUAUAUAAAUUCCAUCUUACCCUGCAGUAUCUGUGGAAGAAUCCAAGGCUCCUUGUCUCUCUUCACUGGUCUUCGAAUCCCUGUCUGUAAACUUGACGGGUCACGUAUGCCAGUGUUAAAUCUGUGGGACAAUGGGAGUUCACACCACUCCUGCUAAGUUGCACCUACUUUCUUGGCAAUCUUAAAAAGUGUCCAGAGAAGUGAAAAGUCGAAAUAUGGUCCAAAUAUGGCAUACCAUAAUUUGCAACUUUUUUUUUUACACCUCAAUAGUGGCGUAAAACAUUUAAUGAAUGUCCCUAACUGUAUAUAACUAUAAGAUAAUGCUGUGAAUUAUCAACUUAUUAGCGGAGUAUUUUGUGUUUCAAAUAAAUAUGAAUUUAAAAGUGAAUUGAAUUUUUUCCAUGCCGAAUAUGUUUGUCACAGAAAAUAUUCGUUCAUUGUAAGAUUAAUUAUUUUGUGAAAGAUGCCCUUACUUGACAAUUGUCUUGAUUAUGUUUGGUCCAACCAUCUGUAGUUUUUGUAAAAAAAAAUGUUUAUUAAUUAAAACUUUCCCUUACAUGGUUCCUGAUGUAUAUUAGCCAUUGCUUUAUGUAUUAUAAAGGAAAUAAUUUCCAAAGCACUCUGAACUGUACUUGAAUAUAGCAUCAGUACAAUAUAGCAGUGAGCACUAAAACAAGACCAUGGUCUCCAUAACUGCUCAGUCUGCAAUAGAGGUUUAUAAAGGCCUUGCAAUGCAGAUACUUUUUCCAAUUUCAUCAGGAUUAGCCUACAAUUUAAUGGUUAUGGAGGCCUGUUGACAUUUGAGGGACACAAACUUUGGCAUGAUGAUUCCAACAUGGCCGAACCUUUGUUCCUACAGGAAAUGUCACUUGUAAACUCUUCUCUCCAUUGAAGUAAACAAGUUUCUGGAGUCUGGAGAAAUAGCUGUGGGCCAAACUCUGGCUUUCAAGUGUGGCUGCCUGGUGCUAAACAUUUUGGGAAAAGAUGUAGAAUAGUUAAGGAGAAGCAAUACUUACAUUCUGCCACUGCUGUUGUUCCAAAGCUUACCAGGUCCAUGCUGGUCUCUGUUUCCUGGUCCCAAUUUAACAAACCGGAAGAUGCGGGGGAUGCCUACUCAGCCAAUCACGGCCUGCAGCUUUGACCCACCUCAGCCACUGACUGGCUUAGUGGGCAUCUCCUACUAUUUUCUGUGUUGAGUCUGUAAGCAUUAGAAAGGCAGCUGUGGGGGAUCGGUGAGUGUGUGACUUUUUAUGUAUCCUAACUUUUAAUCCCAUUUCUGUUCCAUCAAUGGUCAUGAAACCAGGAUUCAAAUUUCUUUCAUGUUUCAUGGUUUGGGGUUUAAGUUGCUGUAUAUCCUUACCACUACUUUAAAUACUUGACACAAUUUAUUCUGGCUGUAUAGAUCAACUACAUAAACAAAAAAUGGCUGCUGUAUGUCAUAAGUGCCACACUAAACUUGGUAAAUAUGUAUAUAAAUAAAGGCUAAAGUAGUCUAGAUCGCUGCAUAAAACUCCUAUUUGGAUAACAGGAGAUAGUGGUAGAGGUUGCUAUUUUGUAAGUCAGCAAUUCUGUAUUAUAGGUGUACAUUUUUAUAAAAUUAUCAUUAAAGCAUUUUUGUGGGAGCCUAAUCACGUUGCAGUGCAAUGGUUUGUUAGCUUCAAAUGUUUGUUUAUUUUUGUGUAUUUUAAAUACUGUUUACAAAUCACAUUUAUCGCAUUUUCAUAUACUGAAGAUGAAACAUUUCAUACUUUGUAUGUUCCUGUGUUAAUUUUUCAAAUAAUAUUGGGAAAUAAACAAGUUUUUAAAAUGCA